GACAUUGGAUUGUCAAUGGGGAUUCAAGGGACGGAGGUUGCAAAAGAGAGCUCCGAUAUUGUCAUCUUGGAUGACAAUUUCGCUUCUGUGGCCACCGUUCUGAAGUGGGGCAGAUGUGUUUACACUAACAUACAGAAAUUCAUUCAAUUCCAAUUGACAGUAAAUGUUGCUGCUCUGGUGAUCAACUUCGUGGCAGCUGUUUCUGCAGGAGAAGUUCCCUUAACGGCCGUUCAGCUUUUGUGGGUGAAUUUGAUCAUGGACACAUUGGGUGCUCUAGCUCUAGCUACAGAGAAGCCCACCAAGGAGUUGAUGAAGAAGCCACCUGUUGGCCGCAUAGAGCCACUGAUUACCAAUGUCAUGUGGAGGAACCUCCUAGCUCAAGCUUUUUACCAGGUUGCAGUACUCCUGAUCCUGCAAUUCAGAGGAGAGUCAAUCUUCAGUGUGACUGAAGCAGUGAAUGACACUUUGAUCUUCAACACUUUUGUGCUCUGCCAAGUUUUCAAUGAAUUCAAUGCAAGGAAGCUGGAGAAGAAGAAUGUGUUCAAGGGUAUUCAUAAGAACAAGCCGUUUUUAGGGAUCGUCGGGAUGACCAUUGUUCUUCAAGUGCUGAUGGUGGAGUUUCUAAAGCGGUUUGCAGAUACAGAGAGGUUGAAUUGGGGACAAUGGGGCGGCUGCAUUGCCAUGGCUGCUGUCUCUUGGCCCAUUGGUUGGAUCGUCAAGUGCAUACUAGUGCCAGAGAGACCUAUUUUCAGUUAUCUUAAAUGGAAGAAGCGAACGUAAUGCUUCAAAAAUUUUUUCAUUCUUUAAACAUCUGCUUGCAUAUCCUAUAAUUUGUUUCAGAUUUCUCCUUUUUGUUUGUAUAGGCUAUAAUUCAUUCAUUGUUUAAAUUUCUGCAUAGAUAUACUGUAAUUCAAUUUAUAGUUUCCUUCAUUGAUUCUACUUGUAUAGAUUAUAUAGGAAACAUAUAAUAAAAUAACUUUGAUUCU